GCUCAUCCAAAAUGAGUAUUGAGAAGUGAAGUUUGCCGCAAUGAAGUUCUUCUAUAUUCUUUCAUUGCUUGUUUUGUUCGAGAGCACUUCUGCCUUCAACACAAGAGCGGGGGACUACAUUUACUCGGUGACUGAAAUUAUUGCAGCCUUAAGGGCCAGUAAACAGGACAUGUAUCGGGCUGAUUACUUCUUCAAAACCGUCGAAAAUCUCGUUCAGGGUGUACCAUUUCAGAUUGCAUCCGGAAUAUUAAAUUCAGUUUGCUCGACAGUGCUGGCGCAGGGCAGAGAUCAAACGCCCGAGCAAUAUUUACCGAGAAUUGAGAACAUUAAACUACAAUUUCGCACAGCUUGCGGUGCACGUGAAUAUGCCAUCGAGAAUAUAUUGGAACUAGCUGAAGAUCCAGAAUUUGAUCCGGAAAAGAAGACUGUUAUCUUUUCAACGGGUUUCUUAUCAACAGUGAACUUUUCUGCAACCGGGGAAUUGGCCAAGGCAUUUAGCUGUCGUGGUGAUACAAAUUUUCUAGUGCUAGAUUCCGGUGGCUAUUUGGGAACGCUUUAUUUUUGGGCCGCACAAAACACCGUUAAAAUAGGCAAAUAUCUCGCUGAGGGCAUACAAAAUCUAACCCAAAUUAUAGACAUUGAAAAUAUACACAUAAUCGGCCACAGUUUGGGUGCUCAAAUAAUGGGGUCAGCCGCCCGGCAUUACACUGAUCUCACAGGCAAUCAACUACCGCAUGUGACAGGUCUUGAUCCCGCCUCUCCCUGUUUUAAUGAGGGCGAGAUGCUAACUAUUCUCUCAGCCAGUGAUGCCGAGUUUGUUGACAACAUAAUCACGACUCCCGGUAUUGCGGGGCAAUUUGCCGCCAGCGGUGAUGUUACCUUCUAUGUGGGUGGCAAAUUUCCUAUACAAGAUCCGUGCACAAGUCUGAGAUGUUCUCACAAAAUCGCUAUCGACUACUAUAUAGAAUCGGUCUAUACAAAUAAUGAGCGCAAUUUUCUAGCAAAGCGUUGCAUCUCACUGCAUAGUCUGAAGGCGGGUAAGUGUAACGGUAAUGAAUAUCCAAUGGGUUUAGCAGUGCCACACCACUUAAAGGGUAGAUAUAUUCUGGAGGUGAAUAAGGAGAGACCGUAUGGCAAAAAUGCAACUAAGGAUUAUAUGGAUCCAGCUACCACCACUUGUGGCAUUUGCGAAGACUCGUAAGAAGAAAUUGUUUGAAUUUACAGUUUCUUAUUUCAUUUAAUCCUUACUAAUCGAUACUUAUUUACUCCAGUAAAUUAAAUAUGUAAUCAAAUAUACUAAA